AUGAACAGAAACAUUCCGUUGAGAAACGGGGCCCAAUCGCCUGGCCCUGCUCAGGACCCGCGGACCCGCAGACCAACGGACCAACAGACCCGCGAACCCGCAGACCAACGGACGAACAGACCCGCAGACCAACGGACCAACAGACCCGCGGACGCGCAGACCAACGGACCAACAGACCCGCAGACCAACGGACCAACAGACCCGCGGACCAACGGACCCGCGGACCCGCAGACCAACGGACCAACAGACCCGCAGACCAACGGACCAACAGACCCGCAGACCAACGGACCAACAGACCCGCGGACCAACGGACCAACAGACCCGCGGACCCGCAGACCAACGGACCAACAGACCCGCGGACCCGCAGACCAACGGACCAACAGACCCACGAGCGGUGACCACUGUCUGCGUGUGAGGGAGGGCUCGGCGUGUCUGCUGGAGCCCUCCAUCACUGCGCCAGGUGCGGCGGGUGCCCCAUUUGGAGGGCAAGAUGAAGGCUGGUUUUAA